UCGAUUGCACUCGAACUGUAGCAGUGCGAGCAGUCGUAAACUGUCUGCAACAAGGGUUGAUCGCGUAUGCAUAUUUCUUGUUAAUUCGUGUGUAUUAAUAAUAAAGUGUGCAAAUUCUUAGAUUACUGUGAGUCAACAAAACGACAAACCCUUGCGGGUGAAUACGCCGAAGAGAACAAAGCUACUAUACGAAGAUGUGUGGCGGUUUCACUUGUUCCAAAAAUGCUUUGACAGCACUAAACAUCCUUUAUAUCGUGGUUGCAUUUAUUCUCAUCGGCGUAGCUGUUUAUGGAAGAGCAUCUGCAUUAGUUACAAAUCUCCCUAUAAUAGGAGGUAUUUUAGCAUGUGGGGUGAUUUUAAUACUUAUUUCAAUACUCGGACUCAUUGGUGCUAUUAAACACCAUCAAGUUUUAUUAUUCUUUUACAUGUUCAUUCUAUUCCUGUUGUUCUUAAUUCAAUUCAGUAUUGCUUGUGCUUGUCUUGCUGUUAAUACCAAGCAACAAGAACAGUUAGCAGAGCAGGGCUGGAAACGUGUUGGAGAUGAUUUGAAAGCGAAAGUUCAGACAACUUUUAAUUGUUGCAGCUUUAAUAGCACUAGCAUAGAGUUAGAAAAUGAUGGUCCACUGUCUUGCAAAGUAGUCAAUAAAAUCUGUUGUCCUACCGGCAAUUAUAACUGUAUGUGUCCAUCAUGUAUGCUAAUAUUACAAUCUACAAUUGAUUAUGCAUUUAAAUUAUGUGGCAGUAUAGGAUUGUUCUUUAGCUUUACUGAGGUGAUUGCAGCUUUCUUUGCAAGACGUUACAGAAACCAAUUAAAUCCACAUCGGAAGGAUUCAAUCUUUCCAGCAUUAUAAUUUUCAUUAAAAUGGCUUAUAUGGUUUAACACUUUAAUGACGGAAAACUCGACGUAGUGUCUUUCUAAAUAUUGAUAUAAAAUAUAAAACUAUCAUUUUAUUGGUACUGGGACAAAAUGUCCACUAAACUACAAAUUAUUUUGCACAUUUCUAAUGAAGAAGAAAUGGACAACUGGUAUAUUUAGUGCUAAGUAUAAGUUUUUAGUAUAAUAAUGCUGUCGUUAAGGUGUUAGUCUAUUACAGUUUUUCUAAAGAGAAAUAGUAUAAAUAUUGAAUUACUAUAUUCUUUAGUAAUUCAUUAUCCAGUUGAGUAAUUCGAUUUCAAUUGCUACAGUAUCGCAUUUAGAAAUAAUUCAUUAUUUUAGAACCAAAGAUUCGAUUUUUAUUUUGUAGCAUGUUGCUUUGCAUAAUAUAAUUUUGAGAAAACUGUUCGUCUUUCACUGCAGUUUAUAAUGCUCAACGGGAAAAAUAACCUUUGAGAAGCGAAUAGUUAUACAACUUAGCACGAAAUAAAUAAACGACAGUCGAAAUGUG